CUCUAAACCCUAAAACCUAAACUCUAAACCCUAAACCCUAAAUUCUAAACCCUAAACUCCAUCCCUUGAGUGCUAUUUUUGUGACUUUUGACUUUGAAUGCUAGUUUGGAAACAAAAACUUGGUUUAGUGCUAUUUUGGUCUUUUUCUCAAAAAAAAACUCUAAUAAAAUAUAGAUAAUAUGAUAUUGGUUUAAAUUUGUAUUUGCGUUUACAUAUUAGCGAAAGAGAGCCAAAGAGGAGUGUGUGGUACAUACAAGCAUACUUCUAUUCUUUUGCCAAUGUUGCAACUGCUCCUGCUGCGAGCGUUUAGGAGCUAUUAGUGUGAUCUCUUCGUUUUGAGUUUUAUAAAAGGAAAUUCGUUUUUAUUAAAUAAUUGUUUUAUAUAAAAAUUAUAUAUACAUAUUUGUUCAUUAAACAACAUGUUGUACACAUAAGAAAAUUGGAUAUUAAUUAUAUAUUAAAUAUAUUUCCUUUUUGAUAAUACAUUUUUGAUAUAUAAUAUAAAACAAUUAGUUUUUCUUAAAUUAUAGGGUUUAGAUAUAAUUUUAUACUAAGAUAUUAUCUUUUUAUUAUAAUUUAUUUUGAUUUAUAUAAAAUUAUUUUUAUUAUUUAUAAUUUAAGAAAAUUCGUUUUGAGUUUUAUAAAAGGAAAUUCGAUUUUAUUAAAUAAAUGUUUUAUAUAAAAAUUAUAUAUACAUAUUUAUAAAGAUAUUGCCUCUUUGAUAAUAAAGUGAUUUGGAAACAAUUAUUAACAAAAAUUUAAAUAAAAUUAAUUAAUAAUAAUAUUUUGACAAUAAAUUUAAUUCAUUAAGGUGAUCAUUGUAAUUAACCUUCUAAAAAAAUAUGAUAGAUAUAUCUGAUAUAAUGAAAAAAAAAAUUUACUUAAACCGACAUUAAAAAAAAAAAAGGAAACUGCAUGUAAUUAUAUAUAGUGAUUCCCCUACUCCCUGAAACUCAUUCUCAGCAAAAGAAAACAGAAACAAAGAGCACAGAUUGAUUCCUUUCCUUCGUUCUUGUUAUUUGUCAUAACUAUGCGUACGUAUCCGCGUGGUUCGCGAUUUCAACCAACGGAGUUGGGGUUGGUGAAGCUUCAUCUUAAGAACAAGGUGGAGAAGAACAUAAGCGGUUUCAUCAAAACGUUGAACGUCUACGGAGACGCGCCGUGGCUUCUCCAUCACGACACGAACCCUCUGUAUAGUAGAAACGAAUGGUACUAUUUUGUUCCGAGGAAGAUAAGAGGUGUCAGGUCAGUGAGCCGGAUGGUACCGAGUAACGGAGAUAGCUUAGGGGGCACGUGGAAAUCAGUAGGUAAGAAAAAAGACAUAAAGAAGAAUGACAAGGAGUUGAUGGGUUACAAGACGGAACUGGUGUUCAAAAAGAACGUGGCGGGGGAGUUAGAGAAGGAGAAGACUGACUGGCACAUGGAUGAGUAUUCCCUUCACAGGAAUGGUGAUGAGUUCCAUGAUUUGGUCUUGUGUCAUGUCAGACUACUUCAUAGUGACGAGACAUUCAAACCCCAUGUCCCUGCUGCUCAUCAGGUUGAUCAUGUGAAAAAAGACAACAACAACAACAACGACGUAGUCUUACCAAACCAAGAGCAGCAAGAAGCUGGUUCUGCUAUGCAAGGUUACGAAGGUGGCAACGUCAAUCAACCUCAGCAACAACCAGAAGAGCAAGAAGAUUAUAUUCUUGUAGAUCGUCAUCUGCGGAGCAACCACAACCAAAGACAGAAUCUAUUGGAAGAUGUUGUUUAUCCGAAUGGCCGUGGCGACUUCAAUCAACAUCAGCAACAACAACAAGACCAAGAAGAUUCACUUAAUCUUCUACAUCCUCCUUUUCAGACCAACGUUAACCAAGAACAUUAUCCAUUGGGAGAUAUCGCUUAUCAUAACGCAGAGGGUGAUAUGACUGGCUAUGGACUCAUGCCAAGUUUUAACCAAGGCAACGACGUCAAUCAACAACAAGAUUCACCAGAUCCUCUUCUCCUUCCUCCUUUGCAGCAGAGCAACGACAACCAAGAACCUCAUCCAUUGGAUGAUAUUGCUUUUGAUGAUAAUCUUACGAUUGACAUUGAUGAACUCUUGAAAAUUCUAGACGAAGGGAAAGAGCAAGAAGAUCCACCCACUCUUCCCCUUCCUCCUCCUCUUCCGAGCAAUGUCAACCAAGCACCGUGUCUCUCGUGGGAUACCAAUUUUGCCCCAUCUCAGGUGGAGAACAACUACAACAACAACACCGUCUUACCGAACCAAGAGCAACGAGAAGGUGGUUUUGCUAAUCAUUAUGACAUGACGAUGAUGGUAGAGAAAGAACAUGGCGACAUCAAACAACAAUAUCAGCAAGAGCUACAGCAAAUAGAUCGACAGAGUUUAUUCUAUGAUCCUGAGUGGGAUGAUUUGCGUUUUAGUAGUGAUUUGAUUAUGCCAAAUAUGGACGUAAGCUUGACUCAACAACAACUACGAGAACUGGAAGAAGAGAGAUUACAACUGGUGGAGAGCUACAACAACAACACCGUCUUACCGAACCAAGAGCAACGAGAAGCUGGUUUUGCUAAUCAUAACGACAUGAAGAUGAUGGUAGAGAAAGAACAUGGCGACGUCAAACAAGAUCAAGAGCAACGGAUAAAAGAUCUACUGAGCUAUCUCCUUUCGGAUGAUUUUGGUUUUGAUGGCCCAGAGGAUGGACCGAUUGCGCCAGAGCUAUUAAAACUGCUGGAACCGGUUCCCCAAGCUCAAGACUCGGAAGUCAUGCCUCCUCCUCCUCAGAGCAACGACAACCAUGGACAGCUUCCUCUUGUCCCAUCUCAGGUGGAGAAUCACAACAACACCAACGUCUUACCGAAACAAGAGCAACAAGAAGCUGGUUUUGCCUAUCAGAAUGACAUGACGAUGGUAGCAAACGAACAUGGCGACGUCAAGCAACCACAAGAUCAAGAGCAACAGCAUAUAGAUUUACAGAGUCUUCUCCGUGAUCCUGAGUGGGAUGAUUUACGUUGUGAUUUUGGUGGCCCAGAGGUUGGUUUGAUUUUGCAAAAUAUGGAGGUAAGCAUGACUCAACAAGAAGAACAAGAAGUGCAAGAAGAGAUAUUAAAACGCAUGCUGGAACCAGUUCCUCAACCUCAAGACUCGGGAGUACAUGCGGAUCAAGUCAUGCCUAAAGAUUGAUACGCUGAAUAUAGUUCUUGAUAUUUGUAUGUAACUCCUUUAUUAGUUGAUUUUAUUUCCGGUUAUAGGGUUUCCACAAUGGAGACUUGAACUCGUUUAAAUGUUUGUUUUAUAUCAACUUUUAUUCUAUUGGUUUUAAUGUUUGUUUCUUAGGUCUAACUGGUGAUUAUAGAACUCAUUUUAGUGUUUGUAUCAAUAUCUAGUGAUUAUAGAACUCGUUUUAGUGUUUGUAUCAAUAUCUACUGACUGGUUCUCUUACGUAUAAUUUAAAACGGAUUUAUCAAUACAUGAUCAUUAGGGUUAAUUAGCUAACUAAACAACCGGUUAUAUAAUUAGAUUAAUUAAAUAUUACAGAAUGUAUUCCAUCUUACAAAUUAGGGCUAAUAUAAGAAAAAUAGAGUGAAAAGAAAGAGAAAGUGAGAAUAGUUAUUCAGAAGAAUCUCCAGAUUGUAUAUAGAUAAUCUUCUUUGGACUAAUUUCGGUUUACUGUAACUUGAAAUUCAAUAGUUCAGGUUUAGUUUGGCACAUAUGUAGAAUAGAUAGAUAAUCUACUUGGACUCUUGACGUCUCAGCUUUCGUUCAAUUUCACGAGAUGCCGGAUUCGAGAAACAACGGUUGAUUGUAUAUUUCUCCGUACUAGCCACCAUUUGUGACGUGUCCGAUGACGACUCUGAUGAUUCGCUCUCUGUUAGAUUGUCACACACGUUAAACCAGUUAUUAGGGCUACGAAUAGAUAUAAAAGUGGAUGUGAGAGUUUUGGUUGCAUGGGAGAGGGAGGUUUUCACGUACCGAAUAGUGACCUAAGAGCAUAUGCAAUGGUCAUCCCCCAAGGGGAGUCCUUACCAUUUUUUUAUUAUUAAAUUUUUUUUUUUUUUUUUUUUAAAUAGUUAAGGAUUUAUGUUAAGAAGGUGGGUGCAAUGGUGAUAUCCGAAUAGGAGUCCUUAGAGAAAAAAAUUUUUUUUUAAAAAUGAAAAAUUAUUUUAAAUUAUUAGAAGUAAAAAUAUUACAAUACAUUGAAUUUUUUUUAAAAAAGAGACAAUGACAAAACUUAAAAGAGCUAAUUAUUAAUCUUCUUCACCAAAUUUGUUCCAAAUAUUUUCGAUUAAAUCAUUCUUCAAUCGUUCAUGUAUUUGCCUAUCACGAAGAUCAUUCCGAUUGGGAAACAUAUUAUUCAGAUUUGUAGGCCUCUCGGUUUCGACCUCUGAACUUCUGGUGACGUUUCCUUCUGCAAAUUCUGAAAUAUCAUAACGAAUGUAUCCAUCUCGUUCAUUUUCGACUAUCAUGUUGUGUAGUAUGAUACAUGCUCUCAUAAUCUUCCCUAUCUUUGCCUUGUUCAUUGAAAGAGCCGGGUUUUUUACAAUCGCAAACCGGGCUUGUAGAACUCCAAAAGCCCGCUCCACAUCUUUACGGGUUGCUUCUUGAACUUUAGCAAAUAAUUCUUGUUUAGGAGUUUGGGGGAGUGUAAUAGAUUGGAUAAAUGUUGACCAUUUUGGAUAUAUCCCGUCUGUGAGGUAGUACGCCAAUUUAUAUCGAUGCCCGUUGACCACGUACUUUACCCUAGGGGCACGACCUUCUAAAAUGUCAUCAAAAACAGGAGACCGAUCGAGGACAUUGAGAUCGUUUAAGGUACCUGGAGGACCGAAAAAGGCGUGCCAUAUCCAAAGAUCUUGUGAAGCUACAGCCUCUAAUACAAUUGUCGGUUUUCCUGAUCCACGUGUGUAUUGUCCUUUCCAAGCGGUUGGGCAAUUUUUCCACUCCCAAUGCAUACAGUCAAUGCUCCCGACCAUCCCAGGAAACCCUCGUGUCUCUCCAAUAUCGAGAAGUCUUUGAAGAUCCGCCGGUGAGGGUCUUCGUAGAUACUCUUGUCCAAACAACCGGAUGAUUCCAUCAGUGAACUUAUGUAAACACAAAAGUGCAGUGCUCUCACCAAUUCGGAGAUACUCGUCAACCGCAUCAGCUGCAGAACCAUAAGCAAGCUGACGAAUUGCUGCCGUACAUUUUUGAAGCGGUGUAUGACCAAACCUCCCGGUUGCAUCUUGUCUAUGUUGAAAGAACGGAAUGUUCUCUGAGAGUUCAUAGACAAUACGCGUGAAUAAAUCCUUAUUCAUGCGAAAACGCCGUCUGAACUGUGCCGAGUACGUCGCGUCUACGCUGAAGUAGUCAUUCCAUAAACGGUUAUGGCCUCCUUCACGAUAUCGUUCUACAUAAGCACGUCUCCGUCGAUUAUUCGGUUGGGGCUCCACAAUAUCAUUGUAUGUAUCUUCGACGAUUUCGUCGAUAAUAUCAUCCAAUCUUUCGUCGACAUCAUCAGAUGAUGAUGAUGAUGACAUUAGUAGAUAUUCCUACGGUGAAAAAAUAUUAUUAUUUUCAGUUGAUCCAAAAGUAUACUAAGAAGUAAUUUAAUGAAUAACAAAGUCAUUUCUAGAAUUGCAUUCAGCUUCCAUGGUUAUAAAAGAUAUGAAGAUUAUCGUUGGAGAGGUAACUUGAUAAGCAAGUUGUUGAUUAUUAGAUAUGUCUAUCAAGAAUAUUGAGAGCAAAGGUCGGUUAAUGCACAUUGCACAGUUCGUAUAAACUAAUUAUCCAUUAGAACCGUAAACUAAAAACACUAUUUAAUUACUUCUGACCUAGAAGAUGUAACGGGAAUCAAUAGAAGAUGUAAGCAAGAAACAAGUGCAUGAAAAAUAACUAGAACCAUAGUUAGAGAGUAACCUGAGUUGAGAGCUAUUACAAGAGUAGAAAGAGAUCUUGGUUCACAAAUAUUACAAAGCUUUCUGAUGUUUAGUACAAUGAGAAACAUAGAGAGCUUUUACUUAUAGAAAACAACUACCCCGUCACUUGUGAGCUGGAGCUACAAUCCAAAAUGCUCUCACUACUCCAAAUGUAUCCGUGACUACUUCAUCUUGCUAAAGACCAAAACACUCAGACGCCCGUGACUACUUCACCUAACCUGCAACAACAUAUUAAAACAUGUUAGCUUAGCUGUAAAAUAACAUGAAACAACAUAGUACACAGGGACUACUAAGCAACCUCAAUCAACACAGAGUUCACAUCAUAUCAUUUCAGACAUUAGCUUCAGUUUAAGUGAUUUUUCGAUAUCAGAUAAAGGCUCUUUCAUCGCCAGCAAGCGAUCAAGGAGUUUGUUUUUUGAAAGUUUUUCCUUAAGUUCUAACACGUUCUGAAGCUUGGACAACUCUUCUUCUCUACCACUCUUCUUCUUCUUACUGCCACCUUUCGCAGCCUUAACCCCGAUUGGUCUCUCCUCUGGAUCUCCGACGUCCGCUUCUUCUGUAUCAACCUCCAAGACGGACCUCCGCUUUUCCUUUCCACCUUCCUUAGCCACAUAAAUCGAGGCCCAUUUCUGGUCAUGCCUCAGCUCCCUCCAGCAGUGAUCAAGUGCGAACUUGCAACCAUACUUGGUGAAGUAUAUAUUUAAUGCAUUCUUCAUCAGAUCAUCAUCAUUUUCCCCACUUUUCUGCGCCCUCAAAGCUGCAUCGUAGCAUCCAGUAAACCUGCAUACUUCCCCGUUGAUCCUACUCCACCUCUGUUUGCAAGAAGUAAUCUCUCGCGGAAUUUGACCAACGAGCAGAGGGCUUGCGUUGUAGUACUCUACAAUACGCUUCCAGAAAGCCCCAACUCUCUGCUCGUUGCCAAUGAUAGGAUCCUUACUGGUGUUAAGCCAAGCACCAAUAAGGAUCUUAUCUUCUUUAGGACAAUAUUUCCUCCUCUCGGCAGCAGCUUGGCUAGGAGACUGAGCAGGGACUUGGCUAGGAGACUCAGCAGGGACUUGGCUAGGAGACUCAGCAGGGACUUGGCUAGGAAACUGAGCAGGAACUUCAG